AGGCCGGCACUGGGGGGGCCACGGCGCCCCCGGACCGAGGGGCCCGGAAGUACGCGGCCGAGGGGCCAGGAGGGGCCUGAGCGCCUCGGGCCUGAGAGGCUCGGGCGCCAGGACCCCGGUGAGGGGUCUGGGGAGCCUGGGGCAUCCCCAAAGCUGGGGCUGCGGAGCGCCGGGCCUUUAGAAGAGGAGCUGAAUAGAGGCCUGGGGCCCGCCCCGGGGGAGGGGGCGAUAGCAGCCUCAGCUAUCUGACUUCAUGUGAAAGAUGGCUAAUGCAGAAGUGAGUGUCCCAGUGGGGGAUGUGGUUGUGGUACCCACUGAAGGAAAUGAAGGGGAGAACCCUGAAGAUACUAAAACCCAAGUGAUCUUGCAGUUACAGCCUGUGCAACAAGGUUUGUUUAUCGAUGGACACUUUUACAACAGGAUUUAUGAAGCUGGGUCGGAGAAUAACACGGCAGUUGUAGCAGUAGAAACUCACACGAUACACAAAAUUGAAGAAGGGAUUGAUGCAAGCACUAUAGAAGCAAAUGAGGAUAUGGAAAUUGCUUACCCCAUAACCUGUGGGGAGAGCAAAGCCAUCCUCCUCUGGAAGAAGUUUGUAUGUCCAGGAAUAAAUGUGAAGUGUGUCAAGUUUAAUGAUCAGUUGAUCAGCCCCAAGCAUUUUGUUCAUCUGGCUGGCAAGUCUACUCUAAAGGACUGGAAGAGAGCUAUUCGUCUGGGUGGAAUCAUGCUCAGGAAAAUGAUGGACUCUGGACAAAUUGACUUUUACCAACAUGACAAAGUUUGCUCUAAUACCUGCAGAAGCACCAAAUUUGAUCUUCUGAUCAGCAGUGCAAGAGCUCCAGUGCCAGGACAGCAGACAAGUGUGGUGCAGACACCCACUUCGGCUGAUGGUAGCAUCACACAGAUUGCCAUCUCAGAAGAGAGCAUGGAAGAGGCAGGGCUGGAAUGGAACUCGGCUCUCACUGCUGCUGUCACUAUGGCCACAGAGGAUGGAGUGAAGAAAGACUCAGAGGAAAUUUCAGAGGACACAUUGAUGUUCUGGAAAGGAAUAGCUGAUGUAGGGCUGAUGGAAGAAGUUGUCUGCAACAUACAGAAGGAAAUAGAAGAGCUACUCAGGGGAGUUCAGCAGCGGCUCAUCCAGGCUCCCUUCCAGGUCACAGAUGCUGCUGUUCUCAACAACGUAGCCCAUACAUUUGGCCUAAUGGACACGGUCAAGAAGGUUUUAGACAACAGAAGGAACCAAGUAGAACAGGGAGAAGAGCAAUUUCUCUAUACUCUGGCAGACUUGGAACGCCAGUUGGAAGAGCAGAAGAAGCAAGCUCAGGAUCACAGGCAGAAAUCCCAGACGGUUCAAAAUGUGGUACUGAUGCCUGUGAGCACUCCUAAGCCUCCAAAAAGGCCCCGGCUCCAGCGGCCAGCCUCCACCACUGUCCUGAGCCCUUCUCCUCCUGUCCAGCAGCCUCAGUUCACCGUCAUCUCACCCAUCACCAUCACCCCAGUGGGUCAGUCAUUUUCCAUGGGCAAUAUUCCAGUGGCCACCCUCAGCCAGGGCUCUAGUCCUGUGACUGUCCACACACUGCCUUCUGGCCCUCAACUCUUCCGUUAUGCCACAGUGGUCUCCUCUGCCAAGAGCAGCUCACCAGACACAGUGACCAUCCACCCUUCAUCCAGCUUGGCACUGCUAAGCUCUACCACCAUGCAGGAUGGGAGUACCCUGGGCAACAUGACCACCAUGGUGAGCCCUGUGGAGUUGGUGGCCAUGGAGUCCGGCCUCACCUCAGCCAUCCAGGCUGUUGAAAGCACCUCAGAGGAUGGGCAGACCAUCAUUGAGAUUGACCCAGCCCCGGACCCAGAGGCUGAAGAUACUGAGGGCAAAGCAGUCAUCCUGGAGACAGAGCUGAGGACUGAGGAGAAAGUUGUGGCUGAGAUGGAAGAACACCAGCAUCAAGUCCACAAUGUGGAGAUUGUGGUCUUAGAGGAUUAACUGGGGGUCUCGGGGCCAGGAGAUAUGUUUUGGUUUGGAAUUUUAAUUAUUUGUUUAUUUUUAUCAUUGUCCCACUCAUUUCCACAUAGGAUCCUUUUUUUAAAAAACAAAAUCUUGUUGUUGUAACUGAAAAUGUUGGGUUCUUCUCACCCCCACAUUGAAAAAUGGACAAAACAAGCUGCCCUUCCGGAAGUUGAGAGUAGGUCAUUCAAUGUCCUAAUUGUCUUACACCAAGAAAGUAAUUUCCUUUAGGGGAGGCAUCAAGAUAACCAGAAACCCUGUCCAGAAAGCCAUUUCCAGGCGAGUCUGUCUGUCUGUGUAAGCAUGUGUUUUUAUGCUUGUAAAGAUGCAUUGACCAAACUCUGGAUCUCAGAUCUGACACUGGAAGGCAACUCAUUCGCAUGUGGAUGCAGAAGGGCACUUUAUUUUGUACCCUGGAAAGGGCCCUAAAGAGGCCAGUGCAAAACUCU